ACGAAAAAGUGCAAAGUCGGGACACUUUCUCUAUGACAAGGGCAAUCGAAUUCGUAGAUACGAGCCCACCCACCAUAUCUAUAAAGCUGAGAACUCGAACGGUAAGGGUGCAGUGUUGUUUGUAAUUGUGUUGGGACAUAAUGGAAUCGAUCAAAAUUAUUGGACUUUUGGCCUUAAUCUCGCCCUCCUUGUGCCAAUACGGCGGCCAGGGCGGUGGAGAGGGCCAGUACCAAGACCAGUAUAGUUACAACAGACAACCGCCGCCUCAAAUUCUCACCCACAAACAAGCGUUGAACCACGACGGCAAUUUCAAAUACCUAUUUACAUCAGAAAACGGUCUUGCCCAAGGAGAAAGUAUCGCACCUGACGGUUCGCGCAAUGGGGGCUAUUCGUACGUCGAUCCCACAGGCCGAAAAAUCUCAGUCAAGUACACAGCAGGCAAAGAAGGGUUUAGAAUACUUGAAGCCGACCAUUUGCCCAAAGCACCACAACCUGUACAUCCAGUCCCCGGAGCCGGUCUCCCCGUGCAAACCGGCCCUCAGAGUUUCGGAGGCUACGGCCGACAGGACGAUGGCCAAUACAGGCCUGAAUUGUACCCGAAACCGCAGCCCUACACCGGGGGGUUCAUCCAGACUAGAUCGGCCUAUCAGCCCCCUCCGGCACCCAUCGCAUCCAAUAACAUCGGGGGUGGUUUGAAAGAACCGGAAUAUAAUGAUGAACCCGGAAAACCACACAGUUUUGGUAAUGGAUACGUGUUUGAAUUUGGAGGAUAGAGAAUAAGUCGUGAAUGAUAGUUGAAGAUUGUUUUUUUUUCUGUCUUUAAGGGAACUACAUACUUAAUUUUUUCUUAAGCUUUAGGUUUAAUUGUUGUCUUGAAGUCACAUUCCUAGACGAUGUUUUUGUUUUUGUUAGUGUUUUUACAAAAUUUUGUAAAUAUUUUUGUGAUACAAAUUUGUAUUUCCUUUGCUUGCGCUGCAUUAUACUGACAGUACCAAUGUGUUGUAUUUUAUUCUGUUUCUGUUCUUAAUAAAAAGAUUUUUCAUCUCCAAA